AUGUUGCGACUGUCGGCCUUGGUCACAGCAUUAUCACUCGCUGACUUGGCCUUAAGCCAAACAGCUCAAGAUGGUAACUCUAACGGUAACUCCGCUGUCACAGCCGAGACCGUUGCCCCCGCAGUUCAGGCUGUGGCAUCUGAUGCGGCCCCAUCAGGGAUCGAGUACUUCGACUUUGAAUCUUCUCAACUUACGGCAGACGUAAUCGCAAACUUGACAACGUAUAACCUUACUGGCACUGCUGCAUUCAACUUCGGCGAUGACGAAGCUGCCGUUGAGAAGCGAGCUGCGCGUUCAUGCAAGGUAUUCCCCGGUGAUCGUGCAUGGCCGUCUGACUUAACGUGGUUUUUGCUUGACCUUCUCCUGGGAGGUGCGCUGCUUGACGGGGUUCCUGCUGCUGCGCCAUGCUACAAGGACUGGCCCCAAUACGAUGCAGCCAAGUGCAAUGAGAUAACGGCAGCGUGGACAACCCCUCAAUAUCAAAUGUCUGAGCCAACUGGCUUAGACUAUCCCAUUUUCGAGGGAGUCAGCUGUGUCCCUCCGAGCAUCGCUCGAACCGGCGCCAACUGUACUCAGGGGGGCAACCCUUCGUAUGUUGUCAAGGUCACGAAUGUAGCCCAGAUCCAGCUUGCGGUCAACUUUGCCCGCAAUCUCAAUGUUCGCUUGAUCGUCGAGAACAAGGGGCAUGACUUCAAUGCGAAGUCAUCCGGGGGUGGCGCGCUUUCGAUCUGGACACAUGGUUUGCAAACUGAUUAUCAUCACCGAAUUUCUGGAUACACUGGUCCAGCCUUCAAGAUUGGUUCUGGUAUCCAGGCCCUGAAGCUCUACGAGGCAGCUGAUGAACUUGGUCUCCAUGUUGUUGGUGGUAUUGCCCGCACUGUCGGUAUUGGUGGCGGAUAUUCUGCUGGGGGUGGGCAUUCCCCAUUGAUGUCCAAGUAUGGUGUUGCCGCCGACCAAGUCCUCUCAAUGGAGGUUGUCCUACCUAACGGAAAAUUUGUUUCCGUCGAUGAGAAGAAGCAUCCUGAUUUAUUCUUUGCCCUCCGUGGAGGCGGCGGCAGCACAUGGGGAAUUGUCACGUCGCUCGUCAUCCAAGCCUACCCCAAGACUCCCGUAACUACGCUCACUUACAGCUUCGCAACAAGCAACAAUGUCUCCACGGAGACCUUCUGGUCUGCCGUCGACGUUAUUUUCGCCCAAUUCCCUGCCUAUGCCGAUGCUGGCAUGUACAGCUACUGGUCCAUCAUGUGCGCUCCAGCAACAACUUGCAGCUUCUCCAUGGCUCCCCAAUGGGGAAAUGAUAUGGAUACAGCCAAAUUAACCGCCGUAUCGGCACCGUUGUUCUCCAAUCUCUCUGCUCUGCAUAUUCCCGUUGCUGAUACCAAAUACGCUGAGUUCGACGGCGUUCUCAACACUGUCAUAAACACUUGGCCUGCGGAAUCCGAAGUCGUCGGCGCUUGGAACUUCCACACUGCUUCCCGUCUGUUCCCACGGUCCAACUGGGAGAAUGGAAGAAAGCUAGCUGCGCAGACAAAGGCUUUGCGCCAAAGUGUUGAGGCUGCUGGCAUGAUGCUUGGGUAUAACUUCAAGACUGCAGUCAAUCCUUCUGUCAACCAAACUAAUGCCGUGAACCCGGCUUUCCGCGAGACUUUGAUGCACGCUAUGCUGGGAACCGCGUGGGGCCAGGAGGCCACUCCUGCAGAGAUAGCUGCUGCGAAUAAGAACUUGGUGGAGAUGCUUCAGCCAUGGCGGGAAUCCAGCCCCGGCGCCGGAGCGUACCUCAACGAGGCAGACAUCAACGAGCCGGACUGGCAGCAAGCCUUCUACGGCAGCAACUACAACUACUUGUAUCAGCUCAAGCAGAAGUAUGAUCCUUGGGGACUGUUUUAUGCGACGACGGCCGUAGGUUCUGAGGAUUGGUACAUCAAGGACCAGCUUGACUACUACCCAACUCAGAACGGGCGGCUUUGUCCAAAGUAG